AUGGCCAGCCCCCCACCUGAAGGAGCCCCUCAGACACCACCUCCAAGUAACAGGCGGAGGCAACCAAGAACCCCACAACGUAGUUUGCUGAGUACCGACGAGAUCGCCACCCCUGGGAGCCCCUGGGGUGUCACGCCUAAAUCGGACCGCAGCAGGCGCGACCCCUUCGGACCCGACCCCAGCCGGCCUCCCCGCCCGCCGCGCAAUAGAACAACUGGUGGAGGCGGAGGAGUGAGAAGGCAGGCAACGGCAAGCCGGGCGCUGUUGACACCGCGACCAGAACGCCCAGACCCCGAUCUGAAAGCCCAACUCGAAGCAUCAGGAAUCGAGGUGUAUGACCCCGGCGAAUUGGAGUACGAGCGGUCCGUGGCUUGUUCGAACCUGCUGUACCGGUUCUCGCGUCCAACUUAUGUCGUCCGGCCGAGCACUCAUUUUCAAGUCUCGACCAUUGUGACCGAGGCAAUCGCGCGGAAAAUACCUCUCACGAUCAAGAAUGGCGGGCAUUCAUACAUUGGUUCCUCGUUUCCCAAUGAAGGAAUAAUGCUGGACAUGAAGAACAUGAAUCAUGUGCAUUUCGACAGUGAGGCCUUAACAAUGACUAUACAAGGGGGUGCCCUGUGGGGAAACGUAUACAGAGUGCUGGUCGAUUCAGAAGACGGAUACAUGGUCAACGGCGGCCGUUGUCCCACUGUGGGUGUGAGCGGGUUUCUACUUGGUGGGGGCAUAGGGCCAUUCAGCAGACAAUAUGGUCUGGGUUGCGACAACGUGCUCGAAAUGACCGUUGCGGCCGCGGAUGGCGAAAUCUACAUCGUCACGCCGGCGGAUGAUCCGGACUCAGAGGAAGGCCAAUUGUUCUGGGCUUUAUGUGGUGCUGGUGGUGCAAACUUCGGCGUGGUGUGCGAGAUCAAGAUUCAGGUUUUCCGUUUGGGAGAUCGUGAUCCUAAUGAAAACCCCGAGUUAAACCAAAUCGUCGCGGGGAGACACACAUGGUUUCCGACCAUUGAUCGAAUUUCCGGACUGGCAGGUUUCUUCGGGGCCUUGGCGCCGCGGGCAGAUACAUCUGAUGGUACGGGGCUGCUCGCCACGAUGAACCAGUUCUACACAACUGCCUGGCCAAAGCAGAUGACAAUUGACUCCUCGUGGUAUUCCGAUCUUGCGGUGCGGAACGGCGACAUUGCGGUCCGUUUUCUCACCUACUUCGACGGCGACCAGAAGCAAUUCGACAAGCUCAUCAACAAGAAUAUUCUGAACAUGGAACUAUCGAAGCAGCUCCAGCGCCGAUCCCUGGCCGAGAAUAGUUCCCGGUUUCUGCAUGAGACCCUCUUCGCUCAGUGGGAUGAGGAAGUCAAGAGGUCGACCCCAGCCAGCAGCAGCUUCCGCAUUUUCCAUUCGUUCUGUUUCACAAACAAGCUUGAGGAUAUCACAAAGAUCACCGCCAUCAUCAAGGAAGAACUUGAGGCUUUCAAAAACGUCUUCGCCGGCGAGGAAUACGGCCUAUGCCAGUGCACAUGGAUCCAUUCAGGUGGCCAGAUGAGCGCGCGGGCCCGGGACGAGACAGCCUUCCGCUGGCGCGAUACCGCCUACCACGUGUACAUACAGGUCCAGUGGAGGGACAAGUGGAUGGAGAGAGACAUGAGGGGCUUCGCGCACAAGUUCAAGAACAGACUGCGGCCGUUCUCGAUUGCGGGCAAGGCCUCGUUCGUCAACUUCCCCGACGCGAGCAUCCCCAAGGUCGACGUCCCCAAGGCUUACUAUGGCAACAACCGAGACAGGUUGGCGCUGGUGAAGCGCCUGUGGGACCCGAACAACUUCUUCGACUGGGAGCAGGGCCUCAUUGCCGCCGAUAAUGAAAGCGAAGACGUCCAGGCUCGGGCGGCAAGGAGUAGCAGAACGAUGGAGGACGAGCUGUCUGACGCAUCCGAGGGGGAUCCGGACGACAUGGUGGACAAAAUGGCAGCACAGCACUGGGAGGAGCGUGCAACGCAGGCAUAUGACCCACUGCUGACAGUUGUGAAUGAUCCUAUUCAGAUGAAUCUGCUCUACGGUGGGGAAUGGAACACAAAUGUACGGCCAGAUCUGGGUUAA